UGCAGCUCCUCCCUCUCGCUAUUUAUUGCUGCGCGGAGCUGCGCGGCUGGAUCACCUCGGAGCGAGCGGGCAGCGCCCUCCCAGCCGCCAUGGCCCGGCUCCUCGGCACCUCCUGCCUGCUGCUGCUGCUGCUCCUGGGCGUCUGCACCGACCUCGCCUCCGGCAAGAAGGGCAAAGGCAAACCCGGCGGGGGCGGCUGGGGCACGGGGAGCCGCCAGCCCAGCUACCCCCGCCAGCCCGGCUACCCCCAGAACCCCGGCUACCCGCACAACCCGGGCUACCCCCACAACCCGGGCUAUCCCCACAACCCGGGCUACCCCCACAACCCCGGCUACCCCCACAACCCCGGCUACCCGGGCUGGGGCCAGGGCUACAACCCGUCCAGCGGAGGGACUUACCACCAGAAGCCGUGGAAGGCGCCGAAGCCCAAGACCAACUUCAAGCACGUGGCGGGGGCGGCGGCGGCGGGCGCCGUGGUGGGGGGCUUGGGGGGCUACGCCAUGGGCAGGGUGAUGUCGGGCAUGCACUACAGCUUCGACAGCCCCGACGAGUACCGCUGGUGGAACGAGAACGCCGCGCGCUACCCCAACCAGGUCUACUACCGCGACUACCGCGACCAGCGCGGCCGCCCCGUGCCGCAGGACGUCUUCGUGGCCGACUGCUUCAACAUCACCGUCACCGAGCACAACAUCGGCCCCGCCGCCAGGAAGAACGCCUCGGAGGCCGGCGCGGCCCUCAACCAGACCGAGGCGGAGCUGGAGACGCGCGUGGUGACCAAGGUGAUCCGCGAGAUGUGCAUCCAGCAGUACCAGGAGUACCGGCUGGCCUCGGGCGCGCGGCCUCGCCUCGCCGACGCCUCGCUGGCCGCCCUGCUGCUCCUCGUGCUCUUCGCCCUGCACUAGAGCGCCCCGCGCCGUCCCGGUGUCACCCGUGUCCCCGUGGGGUCGCCCCGCCCCGCCCCGCUCUCGCUUGGUUUCGGUGAGGAGCCCCCGGGGCGCUGCCCGGCGCCUCCGGUUCAGGCAGUGGGAUGAAAAUUUCUUUUUUCUGCCCCAAAAGCGGCCCCGGGAUGGUGCUGGAGCCCAGAACCGCGGCCUUCGCCUCCUCCUCCUCCUCGGGGCCACCCCGAGAGGGACCAGGCAGAGGGGAGCUCUCCUCGGCCCUGCAGGAGCGUUUCCAAAAAUCCUCUUUGUUGACGGGCAGGGAUUGACCUCGGCCCCCAGCCACCCCCUGGGGGUCUCGCAGGGGGGGUUCUCAAGCUGCCAGGUUGCAAUUUGAACCCUUCCAUCCCAAAAAAAAAAAGCCCCUUCCCCGUGUACAUAAGGAGCUGCCACUCCCCACCCUGCAUGCUGCAACAAGCCCCUGCAGCAACGCACCCCAAUAAAGUCAUUUUUUACUCCCUGUCCCAGCGAGGCCGAGGCACCGGUCGGUCUUUAGGGGCAGAAAGUGCUGCUGAAUGCCCCAAACUCCCCCCAAAACGGUGUCACAGCCCGAGAAAAAAGCUAGCUGGGGUGCUCCGGGUGACAAGCCCCGUUCACGCUUCAGCGCCUGGACCUAAAGGACGUUAAAAUGCAGCACGAAGGAUUCUCAGGGGGUCGGGCGCGUGGCAAGAGACUGAAAGCUGCUGAACCACGCCGGUCCAGCAAAGGGCACCGGGAAAAACGGGCCUGGGGAGGGAGAUGCUUUAAAAAAAAGUCACAUUUGUGAGGGAUUCCUUUGCCCUGUGGAAGCAGCGGGUGGAAUUCUUGCUUCUCGCGCGGACGCUGGGCUGGGGGCGAGCUGUAACACCCGUGGCGCUGCGUUUAACCUCUCGUGCGCUUUAUUUUUGCGAGGCACUGAAUAACACUGUCCUAAAUGAGAUUUAUUUUUUUUCUUUUUUUGCAUCGGUGUGAGCUAAGUGAGGAUCUAUAUUAUAUAUAAAUAUCUAUCAGCGGAGAGAAAGGAAGCCUUUCAGGACAGCCACCGGCAAAGCAGGGCUUUGAGGUGCCCCGUCCUUCGCGACACGCGGAUGUUUUGUAACCCCCCCCGUCACGCUGCAUGCCCGGGAUUUGCCGUGCUGAGCCUUUUCUAAGUGUUCCACGUCUGGUACAAAUUAAAACGGAUCAAGCCAAGGUUGCCCGGCAGCCUCCUUCGUGCGCGGGCCCCGCGGCAUUUCCCGCAUUUCUGCAUUUUCUGCAUUUCCUGCAUUUCCGCCCUCUCCUGAGGGAGCUUUUGUUCCCUUCCAGCACCAAAUGUGGCCCAAACCCCAGGGUCCCGGUUAACCUCUUCUCCUCCCCUGCUCCCCCCCGUGGCAUCGCUGCAGUCCAGGAGGUGUUUUCUAACUUCUGUCUAAUUCUAGUUUCUGUUCUAAUAAAGGAGUUUUUACA